UUUCAUUUUGAAAGAGGUGGGGGGCUGGACGUGUGAAGAGGCGUGACCAGCCGCCACACUCAUUCAGUUUUUUUUCUCUUGGCUAGGAACUUUUUUUAUUUUGUGGAACGCUGUUACAAAGAUGGAUGAAAAAGCUCCAAGUUAAUUUGGCUGAUAAAGCACUGCCACGUCUGUGUUGGAGCUGCAUGCUUGCUUUAGGAAGGCACUCGGUGAGGGCUGGAAGAGGUGUUAAACAGUGGUCUCAUCUUGAGAAGCAAGCUGGUUCAUUUUCGUUGUUGGAGCAGCGUGUGUGCACGGGGAGGAAGGAGAGGAGAGAAAACUCACGUCCAGCAUUAGGUGCUACACGGAUUGCUGGAAGAGAAGCAGCGUUGGGGAGAGAGCUGGGACGUGUUGGAGCAGCCACCCAAGGGGUCUCUCUUGGUUUUCAUUCCAGCAGCACGUUGAAGAGAAGCAAGCAGGAGAUGGCACAUGGAAGGCGCUGGUUUCGUUUUUAAUUAGGAGCUGCACGUCCAUAGGGUUGGACGGUGAUGAUUCAAGAGGGAGCUGGAGCAAAGAUGUGGUGCGACGGCUGGAUGGAGAGGAAGCACACUGCUGAUUUCAUUGAGCAAGGGAGGAUAUAAUCCAGCAGGUGGUGUCACGACUUGCUGGAAGAAAAGUGUGAGGAUUUGCACGGUGAUUGAGGAAUAAAGAAUAGAAUAGUGAUUCAUAUUGCUGGAAUGCACAAGCUUGGAUUCACUUUUCGUUUUAGGAAGCGUGACUCACUUUGCUGGAAGAAAAGUGGAACGGUCAAGCAAAGUAGGAGGGCUGAAUCAUUGGAUGGAGAGAAAGCCACGGUCACAUCCAGCUACAACAUGCCUUCUUUCUUUAUUAGUUUAAUUUAUUAGUUUAAGUAUUGGAUUUCAUGUUAUUCUAGUAUUUUGUUAUUUGUUUCUAGCAUUUCAAUUUGCACUCACUUUGAGCACUUAAUUUUAAUUCCAAGCUGCACUAGGUAUUUAAUGUUUUAGUUUAAGUGUUGCAUUUGAUUGGCA